CAGAGGGCAGUGUAGUCUUAUUCAUUUGCGCAAAUUGCAGUCAUCUUGCAGAAGAACGCCUUCUUCUGACCCUCAUGCAGAGCUGCUGCUUGGGUUUAUUUUGUAUUUUGAUCCUGGACAGAUUGUUGUACAAUGUUGCGGUCUGUCGUGUCUUUCCUGGAUGAUAAAAGAGGUGUAAAAGAGGAGUGUGGAGAUGAUCAUAUCACUGAGUGCACGGUAAAAACCGAGGAAUAUGAAACCAGCGUAGGUGCAACAAACGAAGGUAUGGCUGUGAAGCUAAAGGAGGAAGAUGAGGAGCAAAAGAUAUCAGAGGAAACACCAGAAAUCACAGAGUAUAAUGAAGAAAGUGGUAAUCAGAGCUUUCACCGAGUCUUGGUUUUUACACAGGCAAGCAACAAAGAAAAGACAACCAACAGUAAUUUGUUCCACUGCCCUCAGUGUGAGAAGACAUUUGCUAAAAUGCAGUUUUUAAAAACCCACCUAAGAGUCCAUACAGGAGAGAAGCCUUACGGGUGCUCACAUUGUGGACGGAGGUUUUCUCAUCUAGCGUCUUUAACAGGUCACCGGAGAACACAUACAGGAGAGAAACCGUAUCAAUGCUUUCAGUGUGGAAAGAGGUUCGCUCUUUCAGGCUCAUUAAAAUUGCAUGAGAGGAUCCACACAGGUGAGAAGCCCUACCAGUGCCUUCAGUGUGGAAAGAGCUUUUCUAGACAUGCGUUUUUAAAGAAACACCAACGCAUGCAUUCUGGAGAGAAGCCCUUCUGUUGCCUUGAGUGCGGCAAACGGUUUUCCCAUCCGAGCUCCCUGAAGGAUCACGAAGGCUCACACACCGGAGGCAAGCCGUACAGCUGUUCCGAAUGCGGAAGGCAGUUUUCUCAUCCGAGCUCUCUCAAAGUUCACGAGAGGAUACAUAGCGGCGAGAAACCUUACCACUGCACUCAAUGUGGGAAGAACUUCUCCCAUCUCACAUCGCUGAAAAUUCAUGUUCGGAUACAUACCGGAGAGAGGCCGUACCAGUGCUCCCAGUGUGGGAAGGGUUUCUCUCAUGCAGGCUUAUUAAAGGGUCAUGAGAGGAUACAUACCGGGGAAAAGCCGUACCAUUGCACACAGUGUGGGAAGAGUUUUACACAGUCGAGUGCGUUAAAAGUUCACCAGAGGAUCCACACCGGAGAGAAGCCUUACCGCUGUUCGGAAUGCGACAAGUGUUUUUCUCAUCCGGGGUCUUUAAAAAUUCACCAAAGAAAGCACACUGGAGAGAAGCCUUAUCAGUGUGAACAGUGCGGCAAAAGUUUUUACAGAUCGUGGUACUUAAAAGUACACCAGAGAAUACAUACUGAAGAAAAGGACAUUAGUUCUAGCUGAAUGUAUUUUUUUAUGGUUUACAUAGACUUUUAUUUAUAAACUCCAUGACUGCUGCUGUGAAGAGAGAUUUUAUGCCGUUUAAAGCUGGGUUGGUUGAUAAAAUCAGAUCAAUGUUGGAGGUAAUAUGUGAGCAUCAUUACUGCACCGCUGAAUGUAUUCGAUGUAUCUUGGCGAGCCACAACAUGGGGUAUUCAACUCAUUUAGCGGUAAAAAAUAAUAUAUUUUGGCCAGCACAUGACAAAUUAAAAUAUACACAUGUCUGCUAUUAAUUUGGAAAUACACAAUGCUUCUAGAGAAUGUUGUAAGUAUAUUACAACAGCAAAUACAGUGCCUUACAAAAGUAUUCAGGCUCCUGAUCAAUUCUAUAUCAGUUUCAUUUUCAAUUUUAAGUUCUACUGAUUUAAAAUAAGUUAUUGUUGGUUCACAUUGUUGGCAUCGUAAAAUAUUAUGUUCGCGUAAGUGUUCAGUCCUCGCACAUUGAUAUAUUUGGUUGAGUUACCUUUUACUGCAAUACAGCUUUAAGUCUUUAAGCCUUGUUUUAUUUCUGCUCAUUUUGAAGGUCUCUCUAUACAGAUUAUUUAAAAACUAAUAAAUCAGAUUGCAUGAUAAGUAAUAAAAGUAGAAGAGGGAAAUAAUCAUUGAGGGGGUGAGGACUUUUCUUACAGUCUGGAUACUGAAUCUGUUAAAAUCUAUUUAAAAAAGAAUGAAAUAAAUGACAAAAUAAAAGACUCCAGUCUGAGCAUAAGAGUGAAUACGUGUACAUUUGUUUAGGAUUCUCUAUAACGUUUUUAAAUCACAUUUAUUCUAUCACAUUAGUUCUAUCAUAAGUAACACAGUAUAAAGUCCGGAACUAAUAAUGGUGCAACUACUUCAUUUGCUUCUAGUUAGGUUUGUCUUUCUGCUGCAGGCAAACAUAUUUCCUCCCUCAUUGUUCAUCAUGACCUCUGCUUCCUGACGCAAAAGAAACACACCCCUCUUCUGGAAAGGUGCACUCUGAAUCGAUCGAGUGCAUAAAUAAUAGGCUUUCGUGAUAUUUUAAAGGAUAUUGUGCAUUAUUAUUAUUAGAUAUCACCCAGCCCUGAAUGUUGAAACACUUUGUGUACAUCGUGUGUACAUGUACUAUCUUUGUGUAUGUGUGUCAUCUUUGUGAUUGCCACAAACCGCAAAAAAAUCAAGUUCUAAUAAAGCCUCAUGACUAUUA